AUGGCACCUUCGCUCUCUGGCCAGAGCUGUAACAUGAAAACGUCUGUCCUGGCUGGCAACAGAGCUAAAGUGGAUCUAUUUCAGGUGCUGCACUUCGGAAGGCUGGUGCGCAGAGACAUGACAGAAUGGACGUUGCUCAAGAGGCUGCUGGACGCCGUGCACCAGCACUCCACCAUGAUCGGACGCCUGUGGCUCACAGUCAUGGUCAUCUUCCGUCUGCUCAUUGUGGCCGUGGCGACCGAGGAUGUCUACACGGACGAGCAGGAGAUGUUCGUCUGCAAUACUUUGCAACCGGGGUGUCCCAACGUCUGCUACGACGCUUUCGCCCCCAUCUCGCAACCUCGAUUCUGGGUCUUCCAGAUCAUCACCGUUUCUACGCCUUCGCUUUGCUUCAUCAUCUACACUUGGCACAAUCUGUCCAAGCAGCCGGAUGGCGAGCAGCCCAGGGAGGCGUACGACCGCAGCUGCGACUCGGACAGUUGUUCCAUCAAGUCACACAGACACCUAGGUCACAGUCUCGCUGACGUCCUUGAGGGAAUCACCAACCAGAGCGCCCAGAAGAGCUCAGCGGUCUUACGGGAGACCAGUGCUCCAACCAGAAUCUCCUUGGGGGUUCUAUCCAAGUACUACAUCUUCCACGUAUGCUUCCGUGCUGUCUUGGAGGUCACCUUCGUUGUAGCUCAGUGGCUCCUCUUUGGUUUCUAUGUCCCGGCUCACUUCGUGUGCACAGCAUCUCCUUGCAUGCAAAGGGUGGACUGUUAUGUCUCCCGCCCCACUGAGAAAACCAUCUUCUUGAUCUUCAUGUUCUGCGUCGGGGUCUUCUGCAUCUUCCUCAACUUCUUGGAGCUUAAUCAUCUGGGCUGGAAGAUGAUCAAGAAGUCCAUGCUCAUCAAAGAAGGCUCUUGGAAAGGUGGAUAUGGGGCUAUCAACCAAGACUCCCAAUCCAUUGCCUCGUUGACCUACAGAGACGUGACCAGCACUGCGUCUCUCCCUACCUUGGAUCUAGUAGUGGAGCAUCAGCCGGAUUGGACCUGCGCUGGGAACUGUUCAACGAACAAAGAAAAGGAUUCCAGGCAAGCGAACAUCCACCGUGGAACACUGCCGUCGAAGAGUAAAUCGCAGACAAACAAAGGAAGAGGGACAAAGCAAAGGAGCGCUGAAGUUUGGAUAUAA